AUGGACAAUAAUAACACUGCGUCAGCAUCAGACACUGUAGAUGAUAAUGAUGGAAAAACCGAGAAAAGCAAAUCUGGCGUUGGAGAAAGCUAUUCGAAAGUAAUUAAAUCAGCCGCAAGUUCAUUUCAGCCGAUACUAAACAUGUCUAUUAACAAUACGAAUAGUAAUAGUUUUCGAGUUUUAACAUAUAAUUUAUGGUGCCACAGAUUAGUGGGUGGUCUACAUUCAGCUGAAAGAUUAAACACUUUUGCUGCCUGGCUGUUAAAUAAUUCCAUUCAGUCCUAUGACAUUAUAUGUUUACAAGAGGUAUUUGUAUGUAAUCCGUUAUUAUUAAAUUAUGGUUCUGGUCAACGGGAAAAGCUAAUAGAAACAGUAAAAUCCAAGUAUCCAUAUAGUUAUACAUCCGAUACUCUGUGGUUUGGUGUGCAAGAUAGUGGAUGUUUAAUUUUAUCUGCUCAUAAAAUAGAGCCCUGUCAUCAGGAACCAUUUAGUGGCUAUAGUUUAUCUGAAUUGAUUACUCAUAAAGGCUAUAUGUGCUGUAAAAUUACAAUUGCAAAUAAAGAUAUAAUUUUUAUUAAUACUCAUUUGAAUGCAGGGAUGAGGCAAAGCUCAGCUAGGGUUCGUGCAAGGCAACUUGAACAAAUCAAUGAUCAUAUCAUUACUUGUCAUGCUGACCAUAGAGUUAUAUUAUGUGGAGAUUUAAAUAUAGAAUAUGGUUGCACAGAAUACAAUGAUAUGAUGACAUCUCUAUUUAUCAAUAAAUUAACGGACUCCACUCCCAAAGCUGCAGCUACAUACGCCCGAUUAGUUCGUUUGGAUUAUAUUUUAACUAGUCAACAUUUUUCUCCAACAGGCUCAGCUGUAGUCUCAGCUGAUGAAAUAAAUCAAAAUGAUCCUAAAUUAAUGGUUUCAGAUCAUGAAGGCUUAGAAGUCACACUUAAAUUCACCAACGCUGAGCCUUCCAAUCCUCAGAUUACAAUAGUUCCGCAACCCAACAAUACUAGAGCAAGACAAAUAAAAGGAUUGGCCACAUUUCUCGUAACAGUGCUGAGCGCCAUCAUAUAUUAUUAUCUCUUUCAAUCACAAGAUGGCUCUUAUAAAUAG